AUGACCCCCGACAGAAUCACUCUCCAGAACAUGGAGAAGAAAUCGAAUGAAAGCUUCAGACAGUACGCACAAAGAUGGAGAGAGGUGGCCAUACAAGUUCAGCCACCACUUCUAGAAAAGGAGACAAUGAUGCUCUUUAUAAACACCUUGAAGGCCCGUUUUAUCACUCAUAUGUUGGGAAGCGCCAUCAAAAGCUUCUCUGACAUAGUGAUGACGGGGGAAAUGAUUGAAAAUGCUGUGAGGAGCGGCAAGAUAGAAUCGGGAGAGAGUGCCAGGAAGUCGGCACCAAGGAAAAGAGACAAUGAAGUGAACAACACGAGCACAUUCAACAAGGGUCAGUCCAUGUCAUUCACCAUAAAUCAACCCAAGACGGUGACCACCAAUCAUCAAAGCUCUGUAAAACAAGAAUCCAACGCGAGGGAGAACACAGAAAGGUCACAAUUCACCCCUAUACCCAUGACGUAUAGGGAGUUGUACCAGAACCUGUUCAACGCUCAUGUGGUGUCCCCUUUCUACCUGAAGCCACUGCAGCCCCCGUAUCCCAAAUGGUAUGACACAAACGCCCAAUGUGAAUACCACGCGGGAAUCACUGAGCACUCUACCGAAAACUGCGCUGCGUUUAAAAAAGUAGUCGAAAGACACAUUAAGAUGGGGAUCGUGAGAUUUGACGACCCAGCCACACCCAAUGUAGUAGGAAACCCACUCCCCAAUCAUACCGACCAAGGAGUGAAUGGGAUAAGCGAAGGUAGGAACAAGAAGACCAAGUAUGAGGUGGCAGAAGUUAGGACCCCGCUGAGGCGGGUAUGGAAGGAAAUGGCUAAGAGACGAUUAAUAGCGUUGGAUUCGAGGGAAGAAUCCGAAGAAGAGAGAAACUACUGUGAGUUUCACAACGAGGUGGGGCAUGAAAUCCAAGAUUGCGUGGAGUUCAAAGCCUUAGUGCAAAACAUGAUGAACAAUAAGGAAAUUGAGUUUUAUGAAGAAGCCAAAAACCCCGUAGAGGGAGAUAUAUGCGCAUCAGAGGGAGAAUCGAAGGCGCAGAAUCAAACAGCUAACUACCCCAUGGUCAUCAUAUCAAGACCCAAAAAUAGUGAAACUGGAGUACAAAUGUCACCGAGGGUCAUAAUCCAAAGACCUGCAGUCUUCCCCUACAAAGACAGCAAAAAAGUCCCAUGGAAUUAUGAUUGCAGUGUGACGAUUUCGGGAAAGGAGAGCCCGGUCGACGCUUCAAGAGGGAACCAAGAUAGGCGCUCCUAUACACAUAGCGGGAGACGUUGCGAUACGGAAAAUGAGGAGGCACAACCCACAAAAGGAAAAGCCCCAGUGGUCGAGGAAAUGAAGGAAAAAGCAACCAAGCUUGUUAACGAGCUAGUUAACGAAGAGGAGGCCAAGGAGUUUUUAAAAUUCCUAAAGCAUAGCGAAUACAGUGUGGUAGAACAGUUACGUAAACAACCAGCUCGUAUCUUAGUGCUGGCCUUACUUCUAAGCUCAGAAGUUCAUCGUAGCGCGCUGAUGAAGGUCUUGAAUUAA